AGGAGGUCGAAGAAGAAGAUCGAGGACAAGGGAUUGGAAAUUAGCAGCAAGAAACCCUAAAUUAUUUUCCGUUGCGAUCAUGAGACCCGUCGUCGUCAUAGGCCAGUAUUUUCGCCGAGGGAAAUCACUUGUUGGGUAUCGCCAGUCCCGCGAUUUUUUUUCCUUGCGUACUCGUGAUCCCCUUGGUAUCUCUUACAUUUUACAUUCCCCUACAUUUUACAUUCUUCGAAUUGUUGUAAUGCCGUAUGAGUUUUCUCCAUGUUAACUCCUUCCCAGUGGACUGUGUUGUUUCUGCCGUCUGUUUCUGGUGGUAUUUUAGAUUCUACACUACAUCAAAGCUUAAUUAUUUUCUACUUUUUGGCAUGUUGGAUAGGGUUUGUUUUAGCACUUUUGGCAGUAGAUUUCACCGUCCUGUUCAAAUGAAUUAGGAUGAUUCUUGGUUAUGUCUACGGCUAUUUAAUUAGGAUUAUGGGACUGUAAAUAGGAAAACUCUGCAGUCUCUAAAAUAUACUGAUUUAUGUGAGCUGAAAUGGUUGGUUGAUGGAGUCGUUGAGUUGAGCUUUGUGACACAAAUUCCGUAUUGGUUGUUUUGGCGGUUCUUUGAGAGGUUGUUGAGCCUUAGUAUCGGGCGCGGACAAGCACAGUAAUGUGGCCCGAGCGAUUCUCGCCGUCCUCGAUUAUAGCUCCACGUCCGACACUCGCAAAUCGUCUGUCGAAUUCCUUGAAUCUAUAAAAUCUGGAGAUGUCAGGGUUUUGGCAAAUACUUCUUUUCAUCUUGUGAAGAAGGAGUGGUCUCCUGAAAUUCGUCUGCAUGCUUUUAAGAUGCUACAGAACCUAAAAUCUGGAGAUGUAAGGUUUCUGGCAAAUACUUCUUUUCAUCUUGUGAAGAAGGAGUGGUCUCCUGAAAUUCGUCUGCAUGCUUUUAAGAUGCUACAGCAUCUGGUCAGACUACAAUGGGACGAAUUAAGUCCUCCGGAGUGCAGGGAUCUUGUUGGUGUUUCUGUUGAACUAAUGUCAGAGGUUGCUAAUGCAUGCGAGAAUUGGCCUCUUAAGAGUCAGUCAGCUGCCCUUGUAGCUGAGAUAGUUAGAAGACAAGGACCUGAUCUUUGGCAUGAGAUAUUUACAUUAUUGACUUCCUUGUCUGCUCAGGGCCCCGUACAAGCUGAAUUGGUCUUGAUGACGCUGAGAUGGCUUCCUGAAGAUAUUACAAUUCACAAUGACGACUUGGAAGGUGACAGGCGUAGGCUAUUGUUGCGCGGACUUGCUCAAUCUUUGCCUGAGAUUUUGCCUUUAUUGUAUAAUCUUCUUGAAAGACACUUUGGAGCUGCAAUAAGUGAAGCUUGUAGGCAACACGUUGACCUGGCAAAACAGCAUGCAAAUGUGGUUAUAGCUUGCUUGAAUGCCAUCAUUGCAUAUGCUGAUUGUGCUCCUGUUCCAGAUCUUGNGUCAAAUUUUUAUCGUUUUAAGCUGGUCAUUUGA